CCCUUCUGAAACGCGACGUAUAAAAAGUCUAAAACAUCCGAGAAUCGGUACAGUCACCACUCGACCCAGUCAUCUCGAGCAUCAUGAACUCUUUCAGCGUGGUAUUAGUCUUCGCACUGGCAGCCGUCGCCGUAGCUGAACCCCCUUCAGGAUACAGCUACAACAGGCCCAGUGGAGGUGGAGGUAUCUCCAUCGGGGGUGGACUGUCCGGGGGCGGAGGAGGAUACACAUCAGUUUCUUCAGGAUAUCAAACCUCCGAAGGAGCCUCCGUAGAUCCAGCUCUUCUGGAACAAAUUCGCCAGAUCCUGCUCAGAGAAGAACAGAGCUCUUCUUCUGGAAGCAUCGGUGGAGUCGGUCACUACGCCCCAUCCGCCCAAUACGGAGUGCCAUCUCCACAAUACGGAGUACCAAGCUACCAAACCCGCGUAGUAGGAAUCGAUCUUGAAGGAAUCAAGCAAGCCAUCCAGGUUGCUCAGUACAACCAAAUCUCUCACCAAGCUGGUUUCAGUGGUUACCCAAGCGGCCCAAGCGGAAGUUACGGCGCACCUUCAGUACCAUCUGGUUCCUACGGAGCCCCGUACUAAGUUCAAAAACUAUUUCAAGUGUAAAUACCAUCUCUUUCCAUCUCAAACGGGUCAUGAUGCAAUCAACAACAUCAAUCAACAUCUCUGUCAACAACAUCUUCGAGUGAUCAAUACCAUGCAUAAAAUUUUUAUUUUUGUAUAAAGCUUUUUAUAGGUUAUGUUUUAAAAAAUACAUUUGUCACCGUA